AUGUCUGCGACACAACUCCUCAACCCCAAAGCCGAGAGCAGGCGUCGCGGUGAAGCCUUGCGGGUCAACAUCAACGCGGGUGAAGGUCUGCAGGAUGUUCUCAAAUCUAACCUUGGCCCCUCCGGAACGAUAAAAAUGCUUGUCGAUGGCAGUGGCCAGAUAAAAUUGACCAAGGAUGGCGCGGUGCUUCUCAAAGAAAUGUCCAUCCAAAAUCCCACCGCAACCCUCAUCGCCCGCGCAGCCACCGCACAAGACGAUAUCACAGGCGAUGGCACUACCUCGGUGGUCUUGCUGAUCGGCGAACUUCUGAAACAGGCAGAUAGAUAUAUCCAAGAGGGACUGCACCCCCGUGUAUUGACGGAUGGCUUCGAAUUGGCCAAGACAGAAACGCUGAAGUUCCUCGACACCUUCAAAAUCACCAGACCCAUUGACAGGGAUCUCCUCCUCUCGAUCGCACGCACAUCUCUCUCGACCAAGAUCAACCGCACUCUGGCCGAACAGUUAACGCCCUCCAUUGUCGAUGCCGUCCUAGCCAUCCACCGGCCUCCUCAGAAACCUGACCUCCAUAUGGUUGAAAUAAUGAAGCUCCAACACAAACUUGCCUCCGAUACACAACUCAUCCGUGGGCUCGUCCUCGACCAUGGCGCCCGGCAUCCUGACAUGCCCAAGCGUCUCGAAAAUGCAUACAUCCUGACGCUAAACGUGUCACUGGAAUAUGAGAAAUCCGAAAUAAACUCGGGAUUUUACUAUAGUUCCGCAGAGCAACGCGACAAGCUGGUAGCGUCGGAGCGAAGGUUCGUCGACGAGAAGUUGCGGAAGAUCAUUGCAUUAAAGAACGAGGUGUGCGGUUCCGACCCAAAGAAGUCGUUCGUGGUGAUCAAUCAAAAGGGUAUCGACCCACUGUCGUUGGACGUGCUCGUCAAGAACGGCAUUCUGGCGCUGCGCCGCGCCAAACGUCGCAACAUGGAGCGACUACAACUCGUCUGUGGCGGACAGGCGCAGAACAGCGUCGACGACCUUGACGCCAGCGUGCUCGGCUGGGCCGGCCUCGUCUACGAGCACACGCUAGGCGAAGAGAAAUUCACGUUUGUGGAAGAAGUCAAGGACCCCAAGUCCGUCACUCUUCUGAUCAAGGGCCCCAACCAACACACCAUCACGCAGAUCACAGACGCAGUGCGCGACGGUCUGCGAAGUGUGUACAACACCAUCGUCGACGGAUGUGUUGUUCCCGGUGCGGGUUCGUUCCAAAUCGCAGCAGCGGCACACCUCAAUUCCGAGGCAGUGCGGAAGACAGUCAAGGGUAAAGCAAAGUGGGGUGUAGCUGCUUUCGCCGAUGCUCUCCUCAUCAUCCCAAAAACUCUAGCGGCGAACAGCGGCCACGAUAUCCAAGACGCCCUUGCGGCUCUACAAGACGAACACACCGAAGGCAACGUAGUAGGGCUGGACCUCGUCACCGGCGAGCCCAUGGAUCCCGUGCAAGAAGGCGUCUACGACAGUUUCCGCGUACUGAGAAACAGCAUCGCCAGCAGCCAGGGCAUCGCGAGUAAUCUGUUGUUGUGCGACGAACUCCUCAAGGCCCGACAGAUGGGUAGGCAAGGUGGGCCUGGCGGCAUGGAUCAAGAAUGA